AUGGAUAUUAACACACUAAAAAUGUCUGAGAUCUAUAGCAGAGUGGCACAGCUUCUCUCACUAACGUAUUCAGGCAUGCCUGACCAAAUAAAGCCAGCUGAAGAUGAGCUUAAAAUCAUAAGCCAAGAUACACAAGGAUUCCUGCAAUGCUUAUUAGCCAUAAUCCAAGCUCCAGAAUCUCAUCAAUUACUUAGAUCUGCUUCAGCUACAAGAUUUCGCCAUUUAAUAAGGGAAUCUAAUAUAUUUUUUUUCUAAAUGAUCUUCUAAAAUUUCUUAUUUAAUUCUUAAAAUAAUUGUGAUUUAUUAACACCUAAUAUAAAUUUUUACUGAUUUUAAUCCAUUUUAUUAUAUUACAGCUGGAAAAUUAUCAGUCGAGACUCGUUCUUGGCUGGUCGAAGCUAUUUUUCAAACGCUCAUAUCUCCCUACACAGAUGGUCAAGUACAGGUAGCAACCCUACACCCCCACCCCCCCCCUUUUUAAUGGUACCCCCCCCCCACCCCCCACCCCCCCUUAAUAUAGUAUAGAUAUAUCACAAAUGCUAAUUUAGAGCAGGCGUAAUAAAUAAAAUAUUAUAUUUUAGAUAUUAAAAAUUACUGAUUUAUACAACAUCAUAUAGCGUAGCGCAAUCGAUUGAGGAGUAGUGAAAAUUUCCUAUAACUACUAAGAACCCACGUCUGAAGAAAUUUGCUGACAAGCAUAAUGAUCUUUGGUAUUAAUUAGCAGUAUAUCCUGUAUAUAUUUAUGAACUUUGUGGAACAAUGGCUAAAGAGUCCAUUUAGAGAUCUAAAAGUAAAACUGACAAUAGCAAAUACUAUUGUUAUUAGCACAUUGCUUUUCAAAUGAAAGAGAUGCUCUAUAUAAGUUAGGCAGUAGAGAAUAAGAUAUGGAAUGCUAUAAAUAAGCUAUCAGAGUUGAUCCAAAUUAUACUGAUGCAUAGAAUAUCAUAGGAGUUAUCUUCUAUAAAGAAAAGAGUUAUGAAAAAACACUAAAACAUUGUAACGAUGCAAUUAAAAAAUCCAAACUGUGGAGAUUAUUAUUAUUAUUAUUAUAAUAAUAAAGGAAAUGCUCUUACUCCCCCCUCUUUAAAUUGGAACAAAAUAUAGGUAAAAUUUUCCACUUUUUUGGUAAAUUAACCACCUUUAAAUUGAAACAAAAUUUAAUUUUAUAAUAAAAAAAUUAUAAUAAUUUUUUUAUGUAAAAGGUUUUGAUAUAAGUUAAAAAUGUUUCUUCUUAACUAAAAUCAAAAAUUUAGUUAUAUCUUGUUCUUGUUUAAAGAAGAGAGUAUAAAGAUCAUCUUAUUUAAAUAAAUUUAUUAUCCUUAAUUGCUAAAUUUUAAAAAAAAAUUAAUUGUUUUUUUUUAAAAAUUUUUAUCCUCUUUUGAUAAAAAUGAUAUUUUUUAUUUAAAUAGUUUUGAUAUAAAUUCAAUAGGAAUUCAUUAUAAAUUUUACUAAUUUCUUGCUUUAUUUUAAAGAAUAGAGUAUAAAUAGCAUAUUAUUUAAACAAAAUUAGCACUUUGAUCGAUAAAUUUUCUAAAAAUUUUUUUGUUUUUAAAUUUUGUUUUUAUCAAUAAAAAUAAUAAUUUUUGUGUAAAUAAUUUUGAUACCAAUUAAUAGUGGCGUAUUAACUAAUAAUGAAAAUUUAGUUAUAUCUUGCUUUGUUUUUAAAAGAUAAAGAGUAAAUAGCAUUUUAUUAAACAAAUUUAUUAAUCUAAUUCGAUAAGUUUUUGAUUUUCAUAUAAAUUUUUUUUAUAAAAAAAUUUUGUAUUGAUAUUUUUUUUAAAAAAAAAAAUUAACCCCCCUUUAAAUUGGAACAAAAUUUUUUGUUCCAAUUUAAAUGGGGGAGUUAGAUAGUUAGGAAGAAGAGAAGAAGUUUUGGAAUGCUAUAAAAAACAAUCAAAAAGAAUAAUGGCAACUCAAGAUGUGAUAUAGGCAUGGUAUGUAAGAAAAUAUGAAUAUAAUUAAUACUUGAAUUCGCAAAAAUUUUAUUUUAUGAAUUGAUUACUUUUAAACCUACUAUUUAAGCUAAUUAUCCAUCUUCUGCAUAUCCUGCAUUAGCUCAUAUUACAUCCAUCUUGAGUUACCUACACUGUAUUCAUCUUCGCUGCGCUCUGUAGUUAUUGUAUUGUGCUUGAUUCAUUUAAUAGUUACUGACAUUAUCAAUAUCUUUGGCAUUGUAUUUAUAAAUAUAAAAAAACAAAUUUAAUAUAUUUCCUAAUUAAUUUUUAAUUAAUUUGAAUUUAUUAAUUAAUCGUAAUUAUUAAAGCAAUUUAUAGACUUCAUUUAUCAAUAUAGCGCUUUAAUUGGGUUAUAUUUAAAAUAUUCUUUUUGAGGGAGGGGGUGGGGGUGCCAUCUGUGAAGGGGGGGUGGGGUGCCAUUUUUAGGGGGGGGUGGGGGGUGGGGGUGUAGGGUUGCUACCUAUGCUUGACCACACAGAUCGUAGCUCACGAGGAGUCUUAAACUUUGCCUUAAACCCUAUCCUUGGUGAAGACGGACUCGGAGUAUUCACAAAUAGACUUGCAUCUUUAGCAAUUACCGGACUAAGUGGUGAAGGAACCCAAAUCCAAGGCAGCUUGUUGGUAAUAAAAUCAAUUUUCAGCAGCAUGACUCCACAAUUCCAAUCUGCAGACUAUUCAAAGAUACUGAUACCUCACCUUGUAGAAGUCGGCAAAAAAGGGCUUUACAUGAUUUCUUCAGGCCUGCAGAGUACCAAUGAGCCACUUAUUACUGAAGGAAUAAAUAUUUUAGAAGACUGGACGUCAAGCUUAAGACAAAUCCUGGAACAUUUUGAAGUUACGUCUACAAAAAACAUAAAAGACCUGUCAGAACAAAGUGAAAUUGCUUUAUUGUUUUCAAAUAUCAUUAAUUUCGCAAUCCCUGACUACCAGGUACAAAAUUCCAUUAUAAAUAUCACAGAAACCCCUAUCACCAAGCCUAUGAACAAUAUAAAAGUGAAUAUUUUAAAAAGCCUCAACAUAAUUAUCCAAUAUUUAAUUGAUUUCAAGAAAAAAAAUAUAGAAGAACAAGGGAAUUUCCCCCUUAUAACUGUAAUAGGGACUGAUCUGCCUGAUUCCCCAUUUUUAUCCUGUGCACUAAGCAUAACUGAGCCGCUAAUUAUAUCAAUACUAUCAAUAUCCACACAUGCAGAAAUUGAAGCUUUCCUGGCAAGGGAUUUUAUUACAGAAUUAAUGAUAGAAACCUUAAGUUUUUUCCACAAGGUCGGCUAUGAAAGGCGAUUUUAUACGAUUUUUUCUCAAUAUCACCGACAAUUAAUAGUAAAUGUAUGUUUCCAGUUUAUAAGUUAGUUAGUUGUUAGUUUUUAAAAGGCCAUACGUGGGCGAAACCAGCGGACCUCAACACCUCAGCUCGAAAGACGACUCCAGGUCGGGUUCUGAUGUGGCCAUACUCCCAGGCCCGACGCCAUCUUGAUUUCUGGUCAAAACCACCUGUCCAAGGGAUCAGCUCCUUUGGGCAGAGCCACUUCUGUCUGAGUGCCCCGAUGGUCCCGAUGAAGGAAGACCAUGUGGUAGGAAAAACCUGUCUAGCCCAUCUGGCAGGGACAGGGAAAACCUUCUGGGGAGAAAUAAAACUUCCUCUUCGGUACGGCUUCCCCACAACUGAAGGGCCUACUUAGGACAGGAAUGAGACCUGUAUCUUCAGCUUCAUCAGCAAUGGGUCCUACCAGCUCCAUAGGAGGUGCGCCUCGGAGUCCAAUUUCCGUCAACGUCACGAUUUUAUUUCUCUCCCAGUUUAUAAGGAUUUAUGAAAAAGAUAAAGAACUUUUUAUGACAGACCCAGAAGAAUUUGCGGCAAGCACACAAGAUAUGUGUGAGCGGCAAGAGUCAGAAACCACCAAAACGACGUCAGCGCAGCUGCUAGAAACGCUUUGUGACGCUAUUGAUGGCGCCCUUGCGUUUACAGCUUAUUUUGUCCAGCAAAUCACAGAUAUGAUUUUAUCUGGGAAAGGGAGAGAAGGGAUUAUGGAUUAUAAUAUAAUCAGAGACUUCACUGAUUUUCCCUUUAUGAGCUUAGAUGAGGAAACCAAAAUAGAAACCUCCUUUAUGGUCCUCAGUAUCCUAUCAUUUCCUAUAUUACGUAGAAAAGAUAUAUUGAACUCUAUCGAGGAUUUAUUGGUAAAUCACAUGGAAAGACUGUUUUCGACCACGUCAGGGAUCAUCCAGAGCAGGAUUUGUUUGUUUUUUUAUUUUUAUUCAGACAGUAUUUUUAUUGAAAGAUCUCACCAUUUCCAGACUUGUAUGAAUUUUUUAAUCAGCUGUAUUUCUCCGAAUUGCCAUAAAGCGGUUAAUAUUCAGGCUUGUGAAACUUUUUCGUUUAUGAUGCAAGAUGAAGAAAUUUUAUUUAGGUUUGAGCCUUUUAUAGAUGAAGUCAUUGAUAAAAUAAUACAGGGGAUUGAAAACCAGACUGAAAAAAACUUUUUUGAAGCACUGGUAGAGAUGACACAAAAUUUCAGUGACGCUUUGGCAAGAAAAAUAAUCCCAUUAAUAGCUGGGAUUGUAAAAAAAAUCCAAAUUGAGACACAAAAUUUGGUUAUGGGGAAUAAAAAAGAAACAAUUAUUUUGCUUAAGCUUUGGAAUGUCAUAAGGACACUCAUUAUGUCUCCUUCAAUAGAAAAAGCUCAGCUAGUAGAAUUUGAAAAACAUUUGGCCCCGAUUUUAAGCUAUUUGCAGAUUCCUCACCAAAUUACCUUUGUGGAUGAUAUUAUUAAUGUUGUGGUCUGCAUAAUGAAAAAAACAAAAAAUGUGACUGAUAUUGAAUGGGAAAUUUUCAGCAAACUGCCUGAAAUUCAAGCAAGCCAAGACAACUCUUUGCAGUGCUUAUUUAAGCUGCUGAAUUUAUAUCUAAUGUACGGAAAAGACCACCUUCAAGAAUUCCCUCAAAAAUUGGCAGUAGUUUUAGAUAUGGCUGGAAAAGCCAUGUUUGCUACUUAUAAAGGAAAAACCAGAGAAAGUGUAAACUCUGAAGGGGCGAUUUUAUACCAGCUGGCUCUUUAUAACUAUGCUGGCUACAUCGACCACCAACUUAACCAAAUAUUUUCCAACGCAAUCGUAAGGUACCUUCAAGGCACAACCCAAAGCUUUUUCAAGGUCAGGCUUCUCGGCAUUAUUUUGGCAGGUUUUACAUAUAAUACAAAUUUAGCCUGCUCUAUCCUAUCCCAGCAGUCAACUGACACAGGAAUCACUUAUCUUCGCUUUGUCCUGCUCCAAAUAAUCAAUAAUUCCACUCUUUUUGUGCAUUCUUAUGACAAACGUGUCGCAGUCAUCGGUCUCUGCUCCAUAAUUUCUUUAUCAGAGCUCCCAAAUGAUAUAGCUGAGUCCAUAAGCCAAAUUUUUGAAGCCUUAAUUGUAAUCCUCAGUCAAAAAAUGGAAGACAAAGGCUCAAAAGAAAAAACCAAAGCAAUGGACGCCCUAAUAGAGCAGCUUUUUAAGUCUGACGAAGAAGACGAUUUUGAUAAUGAAAUUAUCGUCAAAGGGACCAAACUUUUAUAUGGAGAAAGCGGGGCUGACGCUUUAUCUAAAACAGAAGAAAAUGAGGCUAAUUUAUUAUUAAGCCAAAUUAAUACGCCAAUACAAAUUAUAGACGAAUAUGAAUAUUUCAGAGGAACUUUGGCGACUAUUAAGUCAAAAAACCAAGAAAACGUAAAAAGACUGUUCGCAGGGCUGAGCCCACAAAGAAGGGAGCAGCUACUUGAAAUCAUGCAGUCCCAAAGGGUACAAGUGAACGACCUGCCAGGCGAAAACACCAUUGUGAGAAAAAUAGUUAAAGCUAAGCAUAGGUAG